AGAAAGAGUGAGAGAUAUACAGAAACAGACAGAUUGACCCACCAGAAGACAAAGCAGACAGACAGCAAAGAGGAUAUCCAGAAACUCAAGGGGGGAAAAACGCAAGAGAGAGAUAGGGAACCAUAAAGAGGCAAGAAGAGGGUUGUGAGCUGUGGGGCCUCCACAAGAUCCUGGAUCCUGCUCCCUCUUAGGCCCCAUGCAGUUCCCCAUGGGACCAGCUUGCAUCUUCCUGAGGAAAGGGAUUGCGGAGAAGCAGAGGGAUCGUCCACUAGGACCCGAUGAGAUUGAAGAGCUUCGGGAAGCCUUCCAUGAGUUUGACAAGGAUCGAGAUGGUUUCAUCUCCUGCAAGGACCUGGGGAACCUGAUGAGGACCAUGGGCUACAUGCCCACUGAGAUGGAGCUGGCAGAGCUGGGACAGCAGAUCCGAAUGAACCUCGGUGGCAAGGUGGAUUUUGAGGACUUUGUAGAGCUAAUGGCACCCAAGCUGCUGGCAGAGACAGCUGGGAUGAUCGGAGUGCAGGAGAUGCGUGAUGCCUUCAAGGAGUUUGAUGCCAAUGGAGAUGGCUCAAUUACCCUGGUGGAACUUCGCCAGGCUAUGCAAAGGCUGCUGGGGGAGCAGCUCAGUGCCCAAGAAAUUUCUGAGGUCGUGCAGGAGGCUGAUGUCAAUGGAGAUGGCACAGUGGAUUUUGAAGAGUUUGUGAAGAUGAUGUCCCGCUGAAGAGGCAUCCCCAGCCCUGUCCUGCCCCCACCUUGUUCUUCUCCCGGAGAUGCUUGGAAAUCCUGGGGGGGGCAGCAUGGGGAGAGCUGGGGCAGGGACCCUUCUCACCCUGCCCUGGUGGGAUCAGAGGGUCAUAGCAUUAUAGGAUCACAGGAUUUAGAAAUGGACUAGAGCUUAGAGAUGAUUAAAUCCAAUUGCCUAAUUUCAUAGCCCGAGGAAUAAACCCAGAGAGGGGGAGGAGAGAUUUGCAUAAGGUCACACGGCGAUUCCCCAGCAGAGCCUGGGGUGGGAGGUCUCCUGACUCUACUGAGCGAUCUCUUCAGUAACGUCAGGCUGGGAGGGAUGCUUCCUUCUUCUCUUCUUGUCCUGUUCUCCUCCCCCACCCAUGGCUCCCUUUAGUGUUUUGUCUUUCUUUACCCUGAGCCCCAACUCUCACAGAGAUGGAGUUUAAUCCCCAGAUCAGAUGAGCAGCCCUGGUCCUCUGGUUCUUCCUGAGAAAGCUGAUCCUUGGGCCGUUAAUCCUCUGGAGAAAUCCUAGCCCAAGGACUAGUCUCUUGGGUCCCCUCACUCCUCUACCCCCUAGCCUGGAGUGGCCCCACCCAGAAUUCUGUCCCUCUGAGUUAUCUGGAGAAGUCAAAUCUGCUGAUCUGAGGACUCCAGGAGCAAGAAUGCUGUUGACACCGAAGGUUAAAAAGCCUUUUCUCUAGUCCAACUUGUCCCUCUCCUGCUGGGAUCAGGUUCCCUGUUCUCUCUCUGUCUGCUGUUUCUCAUCAGGGUCAUAGAUCUAGAACAUAAAGGAAUCGUAGA